GUUCGGCACAAAUCGUUGUUUCCCAAGGCUCCACGAAUCACCUGUGAGUUCGCGAGGUAGUCCCACUUCAUCCCCAUCCAGAUCGACCAAGCUCUUUGUGCCUUUCGACAUCGUGUGGAGCGAGGCAGUGGAGGGAGCCCUUAGGGCAUUCAUCGACACGAAGCCUCGCAUCGCCCGAUGGCGGUAAGGACAGACUUUAUCCGAAGGGUCCAGAACGGACAUUUCGAGGUCACAUCGAUGCGUGUUUCGCGAUUAGUCAAGGAGGGCACCAGACGGCGUCCGGAGGGCCUGAGAGUGUCACCCCUUCGCUCGGUGAGCGAGUCAUUGUCUUCCGAUGGACCGCUCCGCUUAUGGUGUGCCGACCGGGAGCGCACCCGGACUGGACGCUUCUCCCGCAGCCUCCUCGUCGAUGCCAGCAGGGUUCGUCGGCUCUGGUGCCGCAUCCCAUGCCCCACCAGCCACCGCCGACCAGGCAGCAUUCUCGCAGCCCUACAGCUGCCAGCCGUCCCGCAGCCCCCCGCCGGCCACGCCGCUGCCAGUGAAUGAGUUGAGCAAGGCCGUGCCCGACGUGCCGAUGCCCGUGCUGGCCAACCUCCUGGGCAGCCUCUCCCAGGCGGACCUCAAGCGGGUCAUCGAUGACCCAUCGGUGCUGCCGUCGCUCGUGGCCAAUGCCAAUGCCUCCUGCUGGAUGACCCCCCGGCAGCAGGCAGGAUCGGCCAAUCCCCCCACCAUGGCCUACUCGGGGCCACUCAACUGCCCCUCGCCACACCAAUCGCCCGGAUGCCCACCUCCAGGCGGGCCGUUUGGACCUUGGCCGAUGGGCGGCCCUCUGGCUCCUGGGCCAGGCAUGCUGGACAUGAGUGUCGGUGUUCCGGGUUUUGCGUGCCUGGCGGCGACCAACCCUGAAAUGCCCAACCCUGGACCAUGCCCAAAGUGCGGCGAUCAGGUGAGGAAGAAACACACACACAAACACGACGGGGGAAUGUGCUUGGGAGGACACAGAUAUCUGAGUAUUGGGGCUUUGUGGUCGUGUGUUCAGUGGAUUCCCUUCAAGAACGACUCCGGUGUGCUGUAUCUGUGCCGCUCUGGCGACCGUACGCACCACUACCAGUUCCCCUGCUGCGUCCGGUGCGGGGGCGACUGGGCGCUCUCCUACAAGGACGAGAACAGCUACGAGCUGGUGUGUCUGGGCCACGAGCCCAGCGGCAUCCCCCCCAGCCCCGACCACAACCUCCCCCUCCCCUCCCUCUUCUGCCAAAAGUGCGGGGGCAAGUACAAGGCCGAGUUCAAGGACGACACCUACGUGUUGCGCUGCCUCGACGACAAGUGGCGCGAGCACGACUGGUGGCGUGAGAACGACCGGUGGUGCAGACGACGCACACACCAGAGGCACAGGAAACUCGCCGGCGCGCGCAAGUCCAACCGAUCUAUGACGGAGCCGCACAGCAAGUCCCUGGACCAGAUGCUCGGGAGGAGCAAACAUCGCGGGAGUCAGCACCAUCACCAGCACCAACACAAGAACGGGGAGCCACAGCCACAGCAGCUGCCGGGCGGGCCGCUGGCCGUCGAGCACCCGCCGCCCGUGCCGUUGUCGUUCGGUUUCAGUGCGCUCGGCAACCCGGGGGCGCCGCCUGUCCAGAUGCCUCCACCAGGACCUGGACCUGGACCAGGUAUGUGCACACGAGAGGGAGAAAGGGCACCGAUGCGUUUGCACGUCCUCAAGCAUCGCCUUGUGCCGUCCAUGUCUGUGUUCAGGGUUCGUUCUGCCCCCUUCCUUCGGAGGCGGCGCCCGCCCCUUCGAGACGCCGCCCAGCUUCUCGUACGGCGCCCCCGUCGUGGAGCCCCUCUUCUCAGCCCCAUACACGCAGCCGUUCCCCCAGCGCCCCUACGCCAGCGGCCCACUCGCCUCUUUUGACGCAUCUCGCAGCGCCUUCGCCGACACCACCAACGCACCACCGCCGAGCAAUGCGUUCGGCAGGCGCGCCACCCUACCGGAUGUGCCCAGACUCCCCCACACAUCCGCCCCGCGGUUGAUUAGGGAGGAGGGAGAUGGCAGAGAAGGGCAGCGGGACCCCUCGGCGUCGCAGCAGCGUGAGGGGACCGAUAUGGGGCCUCCCUCCCUUGCUGACACGCCUCAGCUGGGGAUGCUCGGCAUGGGCGAGGGUGACGUGGACUCGUUCCCACCGCCCCCUGCAUCAGACAUGGGCGACGGCAACCCUCUGGGCGGUCUGCCGGCCCCGGCGAUAGACGUUGACUCCGGUUUCGACCUCUCGAGUGCCCGCAUUGCUAUCGAACACACGCCGUCGAACCUCUCCGAGCUGGAUUUGUCCAUGGCCAUGUCGCCCGAGCAAGUGGCGUCAUUCUUCGACCCAUCCAGAGGACAGUCGUGCGACCCGCCGCGUCAGACGACUGACCAGCUGUCGAUGGACACCGACCAGCCUGUGGACGCGAGCACAGCGCCCAACCUGCCGGUGCCGGUCAAUGUCGUCAAGAAAGAGUUGAAGGGAGACGAGAUGGCCGCUGCUGCGGCUGCGGCUGCUAGUGGUGCUGGGGCGGCAGGGGGGCGGCCGCGUGACUCCGUCUACAACCAGCCCAAGCAGCUGCGCGUUGUCAUGGACCUCACGGCCUACAAGUGGAACAUCCAGCGCAUCGGGAGCCUUCUUGGCCCGCAGCAGCAGCUGGGGACCAUCAUCAAGGCCCCCAGCGGCGACAACAUGCGGGUCAUGGCCAACACCGCCAUCCAGGCGGGCGCCGGGGCCAUCUGUGUGUCGUCCAAUGCCGAUGCAGUCGUUGUGCGGUCCCUCUCUGACACCACGCGCAUCAUCCGGGUGCGGCCCGCCUUUGCUGACGAGGUGGCGUGCGCUCUCCCCUAUCGCGUGGAGGAGCUGGUGGGCGACCUGGAGAACGCCCGGGAGCUGAGCCUCAUUGCGCAGAGGCACCGUGCGCAGAUUCCCGUGCACAUCGAGAUCGACUCAGGGAUAGGGCGGGCGGGGUUCUUUUUGCACCAGAUGGCGGACCUCAAGCAGGUGGCCAACAUGGCGGGCCUGCGGGUGGUGGGGCUGGUGACGACCUUCCUGGACAGCGGGGGGCCGAGCAGCAACAUGGGCGACCUGGAGAGGCUGCUACAGGCAUUCCACCGGUAUGCAGACCACCUCGAGAAGGAGGGGGUCAUCCCCCCCAACACGCCACGCUCAUGUGGGUCUGUCGCCACCGAUGCCGCGCUUAUCCGCCUCUUCGUCAAGGUGGGGAAGGAAGCCAAAGAAUGGAUCCACACAUUGAUUCGUUUCUAGUUCACACACCGUGUGUGCGCCUCGCCUGUGUGACACAUGUGUGUAUCAUCAGAUGAAGAUGAGCAUCAUCCGCAUCGGGCGCAUCGCCUACGGCCUCAAGGAAGCCGCCGCACUCGAGCGCGUCCGGGCCGACCCCUCCCUGUCCUGGGCGGCGGAGCUGCGACCCGUCAUGAGUGCACUCACCUGGAUCGUGUCCAUCCGCAAGAGCCCGGCCGCCGCCACCGCCAGCCAGGCCACUGGAGCCAAGGAGGACACCAUCCUGGCGACCGUGCCCGUGGGCUUCGGGCAGGGCUACCCCCGGUCGCUCUCACACCGUGGUGUGGUGCUGGUCAAGGGCCACCGGUGCCGGCUUGCGGGGGCGGUGUCGAUGGACAUGACCACCAUCGACGUCACGCCCAUCGCAUCGCAAACCAACGUGCAGGUGGGCGACGAGGUGGUGCUGUUUGGCGAGAACCUGGCCCUCGACGAGAUGGCAUCUGGGGGAGGGGCCGUGAGCGCCGAGGUGCUCAUGUCGCUGGCGUGGCUCAACCCGGUCGAGUACAUCGGCCAGGGCGACCAGGAGGAGGAGGACGGCCCGCAGCCGACGGUCGUUAAGGUGGAGAGGGACUCGCCCAGGGGAUGGGAGAACAGCGGAGGGGAGGCCGCCGCGUCGUUUCCAGCAGCCAACCAGGGCGACAGGUCCCCCCUGGUGGCGAUCGGGCAGCCUGUCGAUGGCGAUACGAGGGGGGCGGGGCAGACAUAGCAGCUUAGUCGUAGAUUCGUUGCAGCCAGGUAUGGCGUGGGUGCUUUGGGGGCAGUGAGUGCGUGAGUCACUUUUUGCUGCCUGUGGGGCGGGGUGGUGGGUCAUUCUCUGCAUGGUGAAUUGGGGUUGCAUACGGUGGGCGUGGUCGGGUGGGCCUUCACAGCACUAAACUAAUGGAGACCAGACCGGCCGUAUUUUUCGGUGUGUAUGCGUCGAUUGCAUUUAUCGGAUCAGAUCGGGUUGUGUUGGUGUGGUUGAUUCAUUCGUCAAGGCUCCAUGUGAUGUGACGGGUCAGGUCAGAUGUGUGGGUGUACGUGUCUGUCGAACCAACAGCUUGACUGACAAGGAUAAGAGUGUCAUCAAGAGGAACCGGAUGCCGUGUACUCAGCCAGCUCACAACAGCAGUGAAUCGGUGACCCAGCCAUGCCCUCUAAAUGCCAAGUGCUCAGAGUGCAGAGAGCUCACGUGAAAGACCUCUUAUUCCGUCAACGCAGCGGAAC